AUGACCAGAGUGGGGGACUCGCUCGUUUUCAUCUGCCAAAAACUAAAUAACAUCCCCGCGGGUCUGAUGUGCGUCAUUUUGUUCCUCGUCCAGGCCGGCACCUUGAACUACUACCUGGUGUACAACCUGUCGGACGUCCACCUCUGCUGGCUGGUGUCCGAUGCCGUAAAUCUGGCCGUGCUCGUCGCCAGUAUCAUCUACUCCAGCUACACGCUGAGCCAGCAGAGAAACAGCGAAAAUUUCCGCGCAACCUUUCACAGCAUUUCUUGGGUUUCGUGGCUGCUGAUCAACGUCAGCGUCUCGGUCAAGGUCAUCCUCGUUCUGGAAAACGACGCCAUCGAGCUCGAAGGGGCGGCGACGUUUUUCGGUCCAAACACUUUUAAGACAACGGUCGCCAUGGGGAGCUGUAUAUUUCUCUUUCUGUUGAACACGCAGCACGACGCCCCGGUCGGUAGCGACCGGCGGACGUACAUUGACGCGCUGACCAACACGGUCGUCUUUGACAUUUUGGACACGGUGGACAUCCUUGAGGUGUGCCUCAGCGAGGGCGAGCGCGACUCUCUCUGGGGCGGCUUGAAGAAGAUGAUCCUAGCCCAGGCGUCACUCAAUCUAUUGCUGCCCACGGUCCCUUUGCUGACCCUGAGCCGGACGCAGUUUGGCCGGGAUAAGCUGACCAGGCCGAUGAUCUAUCUCCAUCGGCUGCUCGUGGUCCUCGUCUUCAACGUCCCCAACCUGAUAACGAGGCUCAUCCUCUGGCACGGGCUGAGCGUCGGGUUCUCCCCGUUCGCGCUGAAGAACGUCGUCCUCAUCGGAAUGACCCUGCUGGAGUUUUACGAGCACAAGCUGCAGAAGUAUCGGGAG